AUUUAUGAUUUUCAAAUAAUUUUUUAAAAAGAAAUAUGAAGAGUUUGAAGUAUUCGUUAAAGCUUUUUCGACGGUAACGAGUAACAUCUGUUUUACGAAGCGGGAGUUAUUUUCGUUCGAUUCCAUUAUUCGUAAUCGUUAUUACGCAAAUACUUUGUCAAGCACAGCUUUCAUAUCGAAGCUGUUUAUUUUAAUCGACCUUUAAAAACAUAUUCACUUAACACACCGCGGAUGAAACAUAAACUUGUUUAGCAAAACUUUGGUUUGCGAUCGAUGAAAUCGAGAAGCGGAUAAAUAUUCCGGAAGGCAAGGACAAACGUAAGAAAUCAAGAUCCAUUGAUCUAGUAUUUGAUACGUUUAAACCGUAUCGUUGCCUGAUUACGUAUUUUAAUACGCAGCAACAAUUUUAAUUCUUCCUUUGCUUUUGAACUGAAUCUCUCUGUACUUUCUCGAUUUUGAAUCGAAUCGAAUCGCGCGAAAAAAAGAAAUCAAUGCGCAAACGCAAUUAAUCGUAGGCUCAUUGAAACAACCGACGGUCUAACGUGUUAAUCUCGAAGCGGUAUGCAUCGAGAACGGUGCUGCAGUAUGGAAUCGAGAGAAAGGUGGAAACGGGUAUCGUAAGGGCAUUGAAAACGGGUACGAACAAAUUCCUUUUCUUGCGAGUACUGUUGGGAGAAAUGCACGACUGGCGAGAGAGAGGUAGCUUGGUAUCGCCCAAUGAGAUUCGUCGGGGGGCAUUCUUGCUCGAAGCUUCCUCGUGAGAAACAAGGGGGAGAGGGAGAUACACGACUGGUUUCGAAAAUCGGCUUUCGUCCACUCGCACGAAUAUCGCUCAGUAGCUUUCAAACACGACCGUGACACGGAACGAUUCGGUCGUUCUCUUUCCUCUCACGUCCGUUCGAUUCGAACCUGUGUCAAUAUACGAACGUAAACGUAAACGUCUCUUUAAAAAAAAAAAAAAAGAAAGAAAAAAAAACAAGUGUUCAAAUAGCGCCGACGAAGAUCUAGAAAGAUUCGCCAUGAAUAAAAAGUGGUACCAGGGCCUGAACGGACGAUUAGCAUUCGCCAUCGCGGCUGCUGCACUUGGAUCAUCGUUUCAACAUGGGUACAACACUGGUGUCGUCAAUGCACCUCAGCAGCUUAUCGAGGAUUGGAUCAGUAACCUGAAAAUGAAUCGUACCGGUGAACCAACGAAACAAUCCGAGGUGACGAUGAUAUGGUCGAUAGCUGUGUCGAUAUUCUGCGUGGGUGGUAUGAUAGGCGGUUCGCUGGUGGGCACGGUAGCCGAUCGUUUCGGCAGGAAGGGUGGUUUACUGUUGAACAACAUCCUGGUACUCCUCACGGUCAUCUUCGAGGGUUGCGCAAAGACAGCGAAGAGCUACGAGAUGAUAAUCAUUGGAAGAUUUCUAAUCGGUAUUAACGCUGGUUUGAACGCUGGUCUAGCGCCCAUGUAUCUAGCUGAAAUAUCACCUAUUCAUCUACGAGGAGCUGUUGGGACCGUCUAUCAACUAGUCAUCACUAUUUCUAUUCUGGUAUCACAGAUUCUCGGGCUAGAACAAAUAUUAGGCACGGCUGAUCAAUGGCCGCUUCUUUUAUGUUUGACGAUCGUUCCUGCGAUCUUCCAAGUAUUUACACUUCCGAUGUGCCCUGAGAGUCCGAAGUACUUGUUGCUCGGUAGAGGAAAGGACAUGGAGGCGCAAAGAGCUUUGUCCUGGCUACGUGGCACGCUCGAAGUUCACGAUGAAAUGGAGGAAAUGAGGGCGGAAUACGAAUCAGUGAAACUUGUGCCAAAGGUCACGCUGAAAGAACUGUUUGUAAAUCCUGCUCUUAGGAUUCCAUUGAUGAUCGCGAUUAUGAUUAUGUUUGCGCAACAACUGUCCGGCAUAAAUGCCGUAAUGUUCUUCUCGACGAAGAUAUUCAUGAUGGCACAGUUGGAUAAAAAUGCGGCUCAAAAUGCGACCAUGGGAGUCGGAGCGAUGAACGUUGUCAUGACUUUUAUUUCUUUGAUACUCGUUGAAAGGGCUGGAAGGAAAACGUUGCUUCUUAUUGGAUUUGGCGGAAUGUUCAUCGAUACCGCUUUGCUUGCUAUUUGUCUUGUUUUUGCAGAGACAUCUAGUACAGCAGCCUACUUCUCAAUCGUCUUGGUGAUCAUGUUCGUAGUCCUAUUUGCGACUGGACCAGGAAGUAUUCCUUGGUUCUUGGUAUCCGAAUUGUUUAAUCAAUCCGCGAGACCGGCAGCGACGUCCGUUGCUAUCGCAGUAAAUUGGACGGCGAACUUCAUCGUCAGCAUAGGAUUUCUUCCGCUGCAGGAAGCGUUAGGUGCUUACGUAUUCAUUAUGUUCGCCGUGAUACAAGCAUUCUUCGUCUUCUUCAUCUACAAGAAGGUGCCAGAGACGAAGAACAAGACGAUGGAGGAAAUUAGUAGCAUGUUCCGACAAAUAUCGUACCAGUAAGAACACGUAUAUUAUUACGGCGCUUAAGAAAUUCAUAACAGAAAAAGAUGAAAUCAACUGUUUUUAAAAGGAACGUUUUCAGAGACGAAUGAAUCGAACGUAGAUGUAAAUCUCUUUAAAGAAAUCGCGACUUGACUAUGAUGAAAGCGAAUCUCUUCUAAUUAUCAUUGCAAAGUUUUAACAAAGAUGAAAUUUCCUAGAUGGAACAAUUAGUUGAAUAAUUUUGUAUUUUAACUGUCUGACGAAUUAAAUGAAUAUAAGAGCUUUUUAUUUGUAGUCUACGCGUACGUUACACGCUGUCAAGUUGCGCAUACUUUUUGGAGAAAGUUUGAUUUUUAAUUGAACGUAAAACUUAGUUCCUAUUACUACCGGCACAGUAAACUUAUCGCGACAAACGAAAAGCAUAAUCAGAUUAUAACGAAUAUGAGACUCAAUUUUACGACUUUUACCGUUCGUUUAGUGCAACAAAUUAUCAAGUUUCUUUACAACUCUUUAUCCGGUUUUGUAGACACUUUGAAGUUCGACCGAGAAUCAUAGUAUUAUAACAUACUCGAGAUAUUUUUAGUUUUAGGAAAACGAACAGGGCUCAAUUUUAAACGGAUGAAUAUUGUGUUUGUCAAAUUACAUAUUUUUCGAGAUGAGAAUAGAAAAACCGAUUAUGUGAAAUUAUUGAUAAGAAGAGAGAGACUAAAGAUGACAAAAUAUUGUAACUUACAGUUCCUUAAUACUUAAUCGAGGGAAUUAAUUAAUAAUUAUUUGUUUUUACAUUUAUUAUGACGUUACUGCGUUUAAAAAAAAGAGUUAAGAAACGAUAUUAUUUCAUCGUGAUGAUAGUAAACACUAUUACUCUAGUCAUAAGAAUACAAUAUUUUUUGCAUUGAAUUAAGAUACGAGAAAUUACCAAGUGACGUACUUUCGUUCGAAAAAAAAAGAAAAGAGAAAAAAAAACGAAAAAAUGAUUAAUAGAAGCUCAAUUUUAUGAUAAAUCGCGCUUGUUUAGUUUUCUGUCUUUAAAUUCUAUCUGUUUGAAACGCCUGAUGUAGCGUAUUAUUAUUGGAACUCGUGAGAUUCAUUCUAGGAUAAAUUUUGCUAUUAGACAUCUUUUAAAAAUUUCGUUUGUGUAAAUGUUAAUGUUUAUAUAAACGUUUACGGUGUUAUAUACAGAAUGCGAAAAAUUUCAUUGAAACGAGUAAAGUAUAAAGGUACUGUAACAAUUGUAAAUAGAAAUACACGACGUAGGAUAGCAUUGUAUAGUUGUAGAAGAGAACCAUAUUUAUAUAUUGCAUGUAAUUAGUUAAUUUUUAAAUACUAUGUACCAUUGUUGUUAUAUUUAUUAGAUAUUUAAUGAACAUAAUGUAAACGGUAACCAAAAAAUUAACGUUUAGGAUAGAAAAAAGCAUAGGCAACGUUCCGCCUUAAAUCAUUGAUUGACUGUACAAGUUUUUAUUUAUCGCGUGCAUCUUUGAAUCCGAAUAAUACUCAAAUAUAGCUAUAUUCUUGAUACUUUAAACAGAGAACGCGUGUUUCUACGGUGUGCCCGAUAAAAAUGACAAAACAAAAAGACAUGCUUUUCAUAAUCGUUAAUGAUUUUUUAAAAUAUCGAACACGCUCAAACGCGUAAAAAUCUACUUAUAAGUAGAACUAAAACUAAAGAAAUUGUAAGAUGUAAGUCUAGAUUAUAUAAUGUUAGACUUGUGUCUAAUUCCAAUAUAGUAAUUAGGAGAAUAGUUCAACUUAUGAAGGAAUUUUUACGCGAUACAAUGUACUUGGAAAUAACGACAUCCCGUUUUGAUCAUGUUUUCUUAUUUUUAAGAAAUAUUUAUUAAAUUAUGCGAAUCAACUGAAUUGCAUAAUAUAGUAUUCUAAAACAAAUGAUCAUAUCAGUAAAUAAAAUACAAAUUGAGAGAGGCAUGAUGAAAAGGGAGCAAUGAUUUAUAAUAUAUUCGAUUCAUUUUAUAAAUGAUUAAGUUAACUCGUAAUUGCGAGGCACACCGAUGUAAUAUCUAUUGCAAAAUAAUGCGGAAUAGAUGUAAUAGUAACGCACCUACAGAAAUGAAUAAUUAUUUUUGUUUACCAAAUUUACUUUGUUCAGUCUGUAAAUAUCGUUUCAAUCAGUUUAAAUUUCAAUCUCGAUUCUUUCUCAUCGAUUAUUAUUGUUGUAAGCUCUUUGCGGUACAAUUUAUAGCAUUUAGCGUUAGUUUCUUCUUUUAUACGAAAGAUCUAUAACAAUUCUUUAGCUUUGCCGAAGAAUUGAUUAUACAUAUCUAUAAGACGUAGCGGAAUAAUUUUAAAAAUUCGCGCGCAAACUGUCAUCGUGCGCUGUCGUUUUUAUUAGUUACACGUUAGCGAUUCAUCAUUCACAUCAUUACGAUUAUUUAAAACAUUUUUGCAUAGUACACCGGCUCUCACAGUUUAUCAUAAAACAUUCUGGAAGUGUGUAACGCAUAAUAGACUGUGACUUUUGAUGCCAAUAUACCAAUCGAUGUAAUUAAAACCCUGUGUAUUAUUGAUUAUGGAAUACGAUGGGUAUCAAUCAUUUAAUUCAUGUAUCAUCAAAUAAAUAAAGAUUUUCAUUAAUCUCGAA